CAGAUACAGUACACUCUCCACACUUAGUGGACUUCAGCUCAAGAAUGUCACCGUCUCUGGAUAUUAUUUCUCGACAAAAGCAGAAUUUGCCGUGGAUGAUGAUCAUCUUUUGUGCAACAUGCCAGACAACCUCCUUAGACCAACUGAUAAUCCAAGUCAAUACGACAGAUCAGUGCUUCCGGGACAACAGUAACUUUGUCAUUUCAGACAUAAAUCCAGCAUCCAGUUGUCAAUCAGCUGAAAAUAAUGGGAAUUUUAAAAAAUAUAUCAAACUAAGCAUUUCUUCUCAAGCAAACUGCAGACCAUACAGUUUCUUCAUAAUAAAUCACGGGAAUGACUAUCACAUCAGAAUGAAUGAGACCGUUGAAGGCAUGAAACUGUGGUUAUUGCCAAAUGGUCGUACUGGGACUUGCCAGAUACAGCAAAACUCCUGCAUCGCCACUGAAUCUAAUGAACUGAAUGUCAUCCGAUGCAGUCCCUGUUCAUUUAUACCCUCAGACACAGCUUUACAAAGCACUCCUCUUGAACCUAAUAAAAGUUGCGCAAAUGCUAUAUAUAAUACCAGCAGCAUAUGCAAUGAUGAACUGGGUAACCCAAAUCCACAUUGCGGUUACAGUCAUGAAGGAAGCAGAUAUGUUCUGUCUCUUAUAAAGAAAGAAUGGACGUGUGUCAAAUGUGAUAACACAACUGAUGAGGAAUCAUCCACGGAUUCUUCUGCAAAGGUCACCAAUACUAGUUCCACAACACAUACUACAAGAAACAAUCCAACAACAUCAACCAGAACUCGUGAUUCAACUACAACUACAACAAACAACCCAACUUCAAUGCACCUAAAUCUAACUCUCAAAGCAACCAAGACAACUAAUAGUACAAAUACAGUUGUGGGUGGCUAUACAAAGGCCUUAGAAGCCUUGAACAAUCUGGAGCCUAAGAUGGAAGAGUUGGAAAAAAGCAAUAAAAGCGAUGCAAUGAUCGUCACAGAGGAUGGUGUUGGUUUUCUUCAUGUACAAGCCAAGAACACAGAAACCAAAGACAUAAACAUAUGCUACUCUUCAGAUGACGCCAUGGUUGUUGAGGGUCAGAGUGACCUGAUUGCUAACUGUUCCUGGUCAGUAAAGAUUAGCAAGGAGGCUUUUGAUCAAUCACGUCAUCAAAACAACGGAAGUGCGUUUGUUGGAGUUCUACGGUUGAAUAACCUGAGAAACAAGAAUGAAACAGAAAAUGAGAUCGUUUUGAACAACGAGGUUUAUGGAAUAACGAUGAAGGCCGAUAUCUCCAACCUUACCGACAACAUCGUCAUGUUCUUUACACCUAAUGGAAAGGUUGGUAAAGCGUCCUGCAGCUCUUGGGAUGGCAAAGUCAAACAUAAUUGGACGACAUUCGGCUGUGAGACAAUAAGAAUCAACAACACUAUCAAGUGCUCCUGCUCACAUCUGACGUUCUUUGCAGUGCUGAUGUCUCAGUCAGAUUCAAUCCUCACAGAGAAGGAUCUGGAAACACUGACUUAUAUCACUUAUAUCGGCUGCGGCAUCUCCAUGUUUUUUCUGUCCAUCGCUUUAUUCAUGCAUUUCCUGUUACGGAAAGCCAAGUCAAACCAGGCCACGAAGAUCUUGAUGAACAUGUUUGUGUCUUUGUUUCUACUGAAUGCCUCGUUUUUGUCAAACGAGAGCGUCGCUAACACACAAGACAACGCUGCGUGCGUCUUCAUAGCGCUGCUCCUGCAUUACUCCAUGCUGGCCUCAUUCACCUGGUUCUUCAUUCAAGCUCUUCAUAUGUACUUAUGGCUCAUCAGACAGAACGUCACCAUCACAAACUACAUGAGGAAGAUCACCGUGUUGGGCUGGGUGUUUCCCGCUCCAAUAGUCAUAGCAAUUGUUUCUGUAGAAGAAUACAAAACAGUGACCAUAAAAACACCUGCGAAAAAUUCAAAAAUGUGCUGGAUUACAAAUCCUUACAUUCACUACAUAGUGAACAUCGGCUACUACGCUUUAGUUUUCAUCUUCACGACAGGAAUCUUCAUCACUAUUGUAACAAGAAUUGUUCACACCAGACGUUUAAGAGCGAUUGACGGCAAGAGAAAGACGUUCAGAAAGCAGCUGAUGAUGGUGUUGAGUUUGUUCCUGCUCUUCGGUCUGACGUGGUCUGUGGCGUUCUUCAGUUAUGGACCGAUGCUCAUUCCCUCGUAUUACAUAUUCACUGUGUUCAACUCCUUUCAGGGCUUCUUCCUCUUCCUGUAUUAUCACCACAUUCACAAUGACUUUGCUGAUUUCUCUGAUGAUCCCAGAACAACCAUAGUUAAACCCAACGGGAAUGGUCUGCAAAAUGUCUAUAAUUAAUCAGAAAACCACACAGUCUCUUAGUUGUUGAUAAGAUUUCCAGAAUAUUAGUACAGUCACGUGCACUACAAUAUACUAAUACUUUACAGUUCAUUUUGCAUGUUUAAUAAUAUUUUGUAUGAUGAUGAGACUACAACUACAUUUGAUCAUAAGCGGGAUCUUUAGCUUUUAAGACAUUUUAAAGAAAGUUCAUUUUAGAUGUACUGUAAAAGCUACUUUAGGAGUUUAUUUUCUUGUAUCUGUGCGUCUACAGUAACUAAAACUAUAGUUAUGAAAUACAUAUGCAUAUUUAAACUGU